AUGUGGGCUGGCUUCUCUUCCGAGGAGGAAGCGGUUGAAGCGCCGCUGGUCAUGGAAGUUCCAGCUGCCACCAACAAGGGGCCGUCGGAACCCGCCUGCAUGGUGCCAGAGCGGCCGCAGAAGCGACAGGAGGUGCUCGAGAUGUCGCAGCCAUCCCAACCCAGUUCGCAGGCUUUUGAUGCUUCACAGUUAGUCGAUGCUGGCCGGCUCCUUGAGAAUGCCUGUCUUCAGGAGCCAUACCGGCCUGAAGAUCAUCAGCUUACGGCCGAAGAAUUCUGGGGAGGUACAAGCGACUCCUCUCAAGAGAGGCGGGAAUUGCGUGAGUCGUGA